UUAGGGGAACCCCUGUGUUAACAUGUCAAAGCUUCCCUGCUGGAAGUUGAGCUUCCAUCCCCCUUCCCAAUACCCCCUCCCCCCUUCCUUCUGAUAAUUGCCCUGAAUCUGCUGCUUCUGUUGGGAUCUGCAACAGCCACAACAGUGGAUAAGUUCACUGAGAGAAAUCUCAUAUCCAUCUAGGGCUCAGAGAAAGUUGCAGGGACAGAUGUGUUUAUUAGCCUGUCAUAGACUUAAGACUUCCUUGAAAUUGAAUGGAACAAAUAGUCACAGAGUGUGAUCAUGGCAAAUAAGUAUGAGCCCCAUUGCAGUUAGGUGCACAAACAGUUGACCUUUGCAAAGAUCUCUAAAAACAAUGGGGAUAUCAGACAUUGACAUUGACAAAAGACAUUGAAUGGACAUGCAGUCCCCAUUCCAUCAUACCUGAGAUGGCCAUUUACAAAAUGGUCAUGUGAACCCAACAGGGACAGCUUUGUUUUUAGAUUUUAGCCCCACAGCAAUUAGAUGUGCAAGCAGUUGACCUCUGCAAAGAGCAAUGACUGGCAGUAUAAACUCUUAACAGGGACAACUAGAGUAGGCAUGGCACUUAUCUCAGACUGCUAGUCCAGGGCAUUAAAGCAACAUCUUACAGUGUGUUGUCAUUUGUAUUGUUUUAUCAGGGGUGUAACCAGGUCAGGGGGCAAGGCAUUAGGGCCAUGCCCUGUGCCCACCAAGUUAACAGGUUUACACAAAGUAUGGGGUAAGCUCUUUGGAAUUUAGUCCUAAGUUGCUGGAGUGCAGAGAACAGAUGACAUUCCUCCCUUCUCCCCCCUGAAGCAAAUCCUGGGGUCACCUACACCUACUCAUCUGAGUGUACAGUAUGGCUGUCCCCUACCUACGUGUCAUCGUAUGCAGCCAGAACAUGCUGAGGCUCUGUCACCCUCCUCUGUCAGUGUUGGUCACAGGGAAACGGACAUUUCUACCAAAGCACGUGAAGGCUACUCUUUCAGCUGUGGCUGCUAGAAAGAGGAAAUAUGGAGACACUGGUCCUCAUCCGAGAUCGUCGUUCGUGGAAUGGAACUACCCGGCCGAGUUGCACGCGUUCUCUGCCCGGCUGGGCGAGACGGUGGACGAGGCGGCCGUGCGGCGCGCGCUCACCGAGCGCUCAUUCGUGCUGCAGAGGCGGCUGGAGCGCGAGCGGCUCGGCCUGCCCGACCCAGAGGCUGAGUCAACUGAGGACAACAGCGCGUUGGCAGUUCGCGGCCGGGAGCUGAUGACGUCAUAUGUUGCCGGCUGGCUGCGUGCUGCAUUGCCGCGCGUGCCUGAAGAGGGUGUACAGGCCGUGACGUCAUAUCUGACGUCACGCAGCCAGCUCCAUGACUUGGCGUCUGGCAUUGGGCUGAGGGACAUCGUCCUUUCCGAGGAGUACCCGCCGUCGGAGGAGGCCCUGGUGCGCUGCCUGUGCGCCUGGCUGGCGGCACUGGCUAACUCGGCCGGCGAGCAGCGCGCCCACCUGUUCGUGCGCGACUUCGUCAUCGCCCGGCUGGCAGCGGCCGACAUCAACACCGCCUGGGAGAUCGAGGAGCCGCUGUCCGUGCUGGGUGACACGCUGCGCCGGUGUGGCCGCGGUCCGCCGGAGUCGCGCCUGCUCCGCUCGGCCGGACCCUCGUCCCUGCUGGCCGCCUACCUGGUCGGCGUCUACUCGGACCGGCAGCUGAUGGGUUCCGCACCGGGGGAGUCGAUGGACGAGGCGUCCGAGUUGGCUGCGAGGGACGCCCUGAACCGGCUGAUGGGUGUGACUGAGGCCAGCGCGGCGCUCGACCUGCGCGCCGAGCGGAAGCCCGCGCACGCGCCGGCCGCCGCCCUGGCCGACUGGAGGCCGCUCUGACGGCGCCGCCCCCACCGGCAGUGGGACGAGGGCGGGCAGACUCGGGCGCGGCCGUGGGGCGGACCGGUGUCCGGGAGCCGACAGCAGUCUAGCGCGCUGACGCGGAACUGGUCUGCCAACGGUAGUGUGCCAGUGAACAGCCUGCCUUUGGACGUAUGGGACCUCCGGCCGAUGGGUCUGGGAUGGGCGGGCCUGAGAUGAGUCAUAAUGGGGCGAUUUUUGUCGCUGCUUUUCAUCUACCCUAGCUUCUGAAUGAGCCAGAACUUCCAUCUGUUCCAACGAUCGUGCGACAGUGCAGUAUUUUCCCGUUGCUUGUGUAUGUAUGUUGUGUAAGAGAAACCAUUGUGGUGGCGUGCGCUGGGCGGAAUGAUUGGAUCCGUUGAUAUGUCUAACAUAAAUCAAGACUGCAGCAGU